AAGCGUAGGCGGUGGAUAUUCACCCGCAGUUCUCUAGUCUGCGUCCGAAUACAUGGAGGGGGCGCCCUGUCAGUCGUUCUGUCAUACCAGCAGCGGCUCCGUGAAUCCCCAGGGUCAGGGAGUGGGCACCUGGUGGCCAAAGCUCUCGCUUCACACACUGAGGGCCCGGGGUUCGAUUCCCGGCGGAUGGAAACAUUUCGACGCGUUUCCUUACACCUGUUCACCUCCACCCCUUUAAAAAUCAUGGUUAUGAUUAUAACCGUUAUUAGGGUAUUAGCUGGACCCCAGUGAAAUUAAGUUAAGGACUCCAAUGGAAAUAACUCAAGGACUCCAAUGGAAAUAAAUCAAGGACUUCAACGGAAAUAAAUCAAGGACUCCAAUGGAAAUAAGUCAAGGACUCCAAUGGAAAUAAGUCAAGGACUCCAAUGGAAAUAAGUCAAGGACUCCAAUGGAAAUAAAUCAAGGACUUCAAUGGAAAUAAGUCAAGGACCCCAAUGGAAAUAAGUCACUUUGAUUUUUUGGGGGGGGGGUUAUCGUAAGUAAUCUACACAUAUGCUGCUAUAUAUAAUAAUUAUCAUGCACAAUACAGUUACAUAAAUUAUACAUAAUAUACAUAAGUGUAUCAUAAUACAGUUGUUACUCUGCACCUCGCCCAUCACUGCCCUUAAACCAAAGUUGUAACAACAAUGACGCUUCUGGCUCGCCAAGAUUAUUUGCAAAGUCUCACAGGUUUCAUUCAGUCAUCAAGAGAUGCAAUUAAGAAAUUUACCCAAGAGAUGGGCUGGACGGUGCCCCCUGAAAGACCCAGAUCAAAGAUGGAAAACUCGCCUUUAUCUAGCCAUACCAAGUGUCCUGAGACUUCUCAAAAUGGCAUGGAUACACGAAUAUACAAUGAGUACAGCAAUGAGCCAUUGCUACCGUCAAACCUUGUCUCUUCAACACCUAUCUUUAAUGUUACUAUUGGUAAGAAAUUCCAAGACUUUCUCUUUAUAUUUAACAUUUUCUUUGAUGCUGAAACUUUUAUUCCUGUUGAUAACCAGCCAAAAGAGCUCUCAGAACUAGAGCUGAAAAAGGCAAUGCGAGACUUCAAGCGUCGCCGUCAAGCAUACAGAACAAAAGUCUCCACAAAGAACAAAAGUCAAACUCAGGUUACUCGAGAAAUUAUACACAACAUGAUGGUCGUCCUUGGUGCUGAAGAGCUGGAACCUGAACCUGUGUGUACUCCAGGUGAUUCUGCUGCCUCAUCAAAUUUACACAAACCUGAAAAAAAAAUUAUGUACGGCAUUAGUGGUAAAAAAGUUAAGGGAGAUUAUAAUAGGGCUAAUGAAUCAAAAUUAAAAUGGACAGAUAGGAGAGAAUGUGAUGGCUCUAGAAACAGAGGACAAAAGCAUGAUAGAGAGUAUAUAAUAGACAGCUACAAAAAAAAUCACAUAGAAAGUGAGAUUGAAUAUGAUAAAGAGGGAAAAAGGAGCAUGAAAAAAGAUGAAGAAAGAAGGAAUUAUGAUGUAUCAUAUUACACAGAUAAAUAUAGAAGCAGAACACAUGUAACAAGAGACAAAAGGGACAGUGAAGAGAGAAAAUGGGAGAGAGAAUACAAAAAGGAGAGAUGCAGAUACAGUGAUGAUGAUGAAAAAAUAAAAAAAAUUAGUGAUAGGCAAAAUUCUGAAAGAUUUCAGAAUGAUAUGAGUAGAGAGAAAAUGGCACAGUAUGACAUUAUAUCAGUAAAAUCAUUUCAAAAAGGGCAGAAUGUGACUGAAGAAUUUGAGAACAUAAUAGAAAAAAAUCGUGAAGACCGAGAAAUUUUAAGCAAUGAAUCAGAGAAAAUUUACAGAGACUGUAAAGCAGGUUCUUCAAAGCACCAUAAAAAACAUAAACUUAAGAGGAAGAAAGAAAAAAAGUCCAAGGAAAAGCAAAAGGAGAAGAGAGCUGCUCAUAGUGAAAGUGAAGAGUGUGUGAGUGAUGACAGUAGAAGCAGGGGUAAGAAAAAGAAGAACUGAUAGUCAUGCAGAAAAGCAGUAUAUUAUAGCAUGACAGAGGAAUACAUCUUCAUAAUUAGUCAUAAGUAAUCAACUCUACAGAAAUUUUUAGUGUAUUGUAUUAAUUUUCUUUGGAGAGCAUUUCAGCAUCUAAUAAAAGACUGUACUCUGGCUCCAUGCAUCAUAAUUAACCCUCUUGAAUGCAGGUUUCAGGUAGCCAUAAAUUCUAAAGACUUGUUACAGUGAAAGAAAUGCAUACAGUACAUGCAAUAUGAACAAGACAAAAAAAAUAGGCUAUCCUGAGGUCAUUGGGGCAUUUAAUUUUCAUGUUGAAAUUGAUGGUAGGCACAGAUACUAGAGAGUUUAAAGGGCACGUAAGUUCCCCCGUCUUCUAAUAACAUGUUCACUUUCCCACUAUAAUCGACCUUGUCCAUAAUUACUAUGGCAUUUGCUUUGUCUGUUUUGUAAGGUUAAGUCUAGGAUCUUUCCUUGAUUAGUGGAAAUUAAGGAAAAAUCCUAGACUUCACCUUACGAAAGCAGACAAAGCAAAUGCGAUAGUAACUAUGGACAAGGUAGAUUAUAGGGGGAAAAGUAACAUAUUAGAAAAAGAGGAACUGAUGUGCCCCUUAAGUUGUUACAUUCUUGUUUGUGAUUGUUUAUAUCCACUCUUGGACUUGUUAGGUGUCAACUAUCCCUGCAAGUCCUCUUAUUCUGGAAGACCCUCAACACCUGUUUCUCAAGAACCUGCUGCCCUAGUCUGUCCAGUCUGCUUAGCACCUUUCCUUCUCACAUACACCUCAAACUCAUCUGGAAAAAUCUACUCAAUGGAUUCUACUAUCUCUUGACUUUGCUUACUGCUGGGCACCUUGAAGACUCCUUUUUUUGCACUCCAACGUAGAACCACCAGACCAGUGUUCAAUGAGAUUAAACUUUAUCACUUUUCUGGUUUCAUUUACAUCAGGAGAGUAAUUAGCUAUUCCUGUAGGGAUACCUUCAAGUGGUUGACAGUUUUUUUCCCUCCAAGUUUUUUAUUUGUAACUUGAAAAUGUCAUAUCUAGUUGGCUUCAAAUUUUCAAUUCUGGUGAACUACAACUAGGGAGAGGUUAAUGUCACCACUGGGAUAGGUGGGAGCCUUUUUUGUCAGUUUUACAGUCAUUCUUGAAUUUUGUUUAAUGGUUAGUUCUGAUGUAUCCUACCUAAAAGAAGGUUGGGACUGUUAUUGGGUGUGUAAGUACCAGUUUUAUUUUUAAAAUGGUGUAGUAUGUUUUUUGUGAAGUAACUUGAAUGUGCUUCAUCUCAGUGGUUUGAAUUGUUAAUGAGUCUUGCAUCAUGCAAAAAGGACAAUAUCCUGUAAGGUUUAGGGUGUUGUGGCCAGUGAUGGUAAAUGCAAAUCAGUACUUACUAAGCAGGUGGUCUUACAGAAAGAAAAAGUCCUCUUGUUUCUCUCCUUCAACUGCAUCCUACAAAUACUUCUUGCCUGUAUCCAAAAUAAUUAUGAACAUAGGUAUGAGGGGAAAAUAUUAAAAACUAUCAUAGGACUUUUGUAUUUAAAAACAAUGUAUCAACAAACAAUGACCAAUUCUAAUGGCAACAAACUUAAGUUUUUUGUUGUUGAUAAUCUGCAACCUAAUGCUGAUUACCACAACCUAAGAAAGCCCUGCUAAACAGGGCUCUUGUUCAGUUUGGGGACUUGGAACGCGUAGAUCGGCAGACAGAUGUGAUGUUAAGCAUUCUGUGGACAGCCAUUGGAGGUGUUGUGAAGCAAUGAGAUUGUUGCUACAAUUGGCUAGCGUUUACCUACAUAGAUUAUAGUGUACCGUUUCUUAACUAUUCAAACCUUGUUUUUUUGCUCUUUAUUCACAUAAGUGAAUUUGAGAAUUGUCAACUUGAAGCUUCACAUUUUUUUUUUUUUUUUAUCACACUGGCCGAUUCCCACCAAGGCAGGGUGGCCCGAAAAAGAAAAACUUUCACCAUCAUUCACUCCAUCACUGUCUUGCCAGAAGGGUGCUUUACACUACAGUUUUUAAACUGCAACAUUAACACCCCUCCUUCAGAGUGCAGGCACUGUACUUCCCAUCUCCAGGACUCAAGUCCGGCCUGCCGGUUUCCCUGAACCCCUUCAUAAAUGUUACUUUGCUCACACUCCAACAGCACGUCAAGUAUUAAAAACCAUUUGUCUCCAUUCACUCCUAUCAAACACGCUCACGCAUGCCUGCUGGAAGUCCAAGCCCCUCGCACACAAAACCUCCUUUACCCCCUCCCUCCAACCUUUCCUAGGCCGACCCCUACCCCGCCUUCCUUCCACUACAGACUGAUACACUCUUGAAGUCAUUCUGUUUCGCUCCAUUCUCUCUACAUGUCCGAACCACCUCAACAACCCUUCCUCAGCCCUCUGGACAACAGUUUUGGUAAUCUCGCACCUCCUCCUAACUUCCAAACUACGAAUUCUCUGCAUUAUAUUCACACCACACAUUGCCCUCAGACAUGACAUCUCCACUGCCUCCAGCCUUCUUCUCGCUGCAACAUUCAUCACCCAUGCUUCACACCCAUAUAAGAGCGUUGGUAAAACUAUACUCUCAUACAUUCCCCUCUUUGCCUCCAAGGACAAAGUUCUUUGUCUCCACAGACUCCUAAGUGCACCACUCACUCUUUUCCCCUCAUCAAUUCUAUGAUUCACCUCAUCUUUCAUAGACCCAUCCGCUGACACAUCCACUCCCAAAUAUCUGAAUACAUUCACCUCCUCCAUACUCUCUCCCUCCAAUCUGAUAUUCAAUCUUUCAUCACCUAAUCUUUUUGUUAUCCUCAUAACCUUACUCUUUCCUGUAUUCACCUUUAAUUUUCUUCUUUUGCACACCCUACCAAAUUCAUCCACCAAUCUCUGCAACUUCUCUUCAGAAUCUCCCAAGAGCACAGUGUCAUCAGCAGAGAGCAACUGUGACAACUCCCACUUUAUGUGUGAUUCUUUAUCUUUUAACUCCACGCCUCUUGCCAAGACCCUCGCAUUUACUUCUCUUACAACCCCAUCUAUAAAUAUAUUAAACAACCACGGUGACAUCACACAUCCUUGUCUAAGGCCUACUUUUACUGAGAAAUAAUUUCCCUCUUUCCUACAUACUCUAACUUGAGCCUCACUAUCCUCCUAAAAACUCUUCACUGCUUUCAGUAACCUACCUCUUACACCAUACACUUGCAACAUCUGCCACAUUGUCCCCCUAUCCACCCUGUCAUAUGCCUUUUCCAAAUCCAUAAAUGCCACAAAGACCUCUUUAGCCUUAUCUAAAUACUGUUCACUUAUAUGUUUCACUGUAAACACCUGGUCCACACACCCCCUACCUUUCCUAAAGCCUCCUUGUUCAUCUGCUAUCCUAUUCUCCGUCUUACUCUUAAUUCUUUCAAUAAUAACUCUACCAUACACUUUACCAGGUAUACUCAGCAGACUUAUUAUUCAGCUAUAUAAGUUUCAAUUUGCAUAUUUUCAUUAAAUUGUGAUAUUGAUUUCAGUGCAAUAACUGGAUGUCUCUUCUAUUCAACUUCAGACUGUUAAUGCUGGAUUAUCUUAUAUAUACAAGGUUGGGUUUGAUCUUGGAUCGCGUAGGUGCCAUUUUGCUAAUUUACCAGUUGUUGGUCCAGGUUAGAGAACAAGAAGCUGCUGUCACUUUUGAGAACUGGUUCUCUCACUUCAUAUUGGCCACUCAUGAAUCUUGCAUAGCUAUCCCUUGGGGAGGCACCCAUAGCCUCUCUGUGUGAAAUUUGUUUGGUUUUGGUAAGGGUUAAAUACCUUUUGAUUGAUUUUACAUUUAUGAAAGAGUAUGUAGAAUUUAUUUCUAGUUUUUUAAGUUCCCUCAUUUUGCCUGCUCUUUCAGAAAGUUGUAUCUUUAAUACACGCAUUAUGGCUUUUUGACUGAACCCGACUUGUUACACCAACUUUGACUUUCCUUGUUUUGCUCAUAAGUUCAUUCUUUGUACAUUACACUAUUUCCAAUUUCUUGGAUGAAGAGCCCUUCAUUAAUAUAAGGAAAACUCCCCUUCUUGCCCCCCCCCCUUGAAAAGAUCACAAGAUCUUCCUUGGGUGAAAUAUUCUUAACCCUUUCACUGUCUAGACUCCCAAAAUUAGUAUUGUUAUCAGUGUUCAAAGUUAAAAAAAAAGGAUUCUUCCAGAAUGAUAGAGAAUAAUUUUCUGAAGGUAAUGGCACCAAAGGUAUGAAAUAUGAAGGCGCAAUUUACACAUUGGUGAUUUUGCCCACUUUCAGUCUUAUUUUAACCAAUUCCAAUGCUCCAUUUCACCCAAAUUCUUAUCUGUUUUGCUAGUAAGUCUUCCAUUCUAUUGAUUGAGCACCUCUUCAAGGGGGGGGCUCCUUGGUGUGGUGAAGAGGCUAUUGGUCUGAGGAAUUAGACCUGUCGGUCUCCUUCCUCAGACUGAACCUAGUUACCCCCUAAUCCCCCCUUUUCUCUCCCAUCCUCCCCUUUUUUCUUUCCUCCUCCUCCCCACCCCUCCCUUUUGCCCUUCCUUUUUGGCCUUUGGGAUUUUUUCCCACAGGCGCGCUAGUUCCUAGGUAGGGAAAAGGGUACCGGGGUCCAUCCCAUUCCAUUGAGGUUCUUGGCGGUGGCGUAGUUUGCCAUGGAAUCUGGAUUGCCUGGGGAUGUCCCGAUCCCUCUCUGGUAUCCCGGAGGGUGGCUUUGGGUGUCUUUCGGGCGACGGGUGUAUCUCUGGAAGCCACAUUUCGGAUUCCGGGGGUGGUGGCCGAAGGAGGUAUGCUUUGUGGCGGAUAUCCGGCCGCCCUCUCUUUUGUCCACCGAGGUAGCUCGGCAGAUGUGAGGUUGCUAUCCCGGAUUGCUGGUUUACUGGCAUGAUGGGUAGGGUAUGGCACGGGUUCCACGCUGCAUCUGCGCUACUUGCGGUGCUGAGGUCCUCUUGGGUGCAGAGGGAGAUUUCUGGCCCUUUCAUUCCUCCUAGGAACUAUCCCUCCCCGGUCCCCCCUUUUUUUAUUUUUUUUUUUUUAUUUUUAUUUUCUUCUUUCUUUUUUUUUCUUAAAAACAAAAAGAAAGAAGUAACCUAACCAUGGAGUACCCGAUCCAUGACCCCGCUACCCCCGGGCUCCUUAUUGUUACUGCACCCUGUUCUGACCUUGCCUCGUCUUUUGGCCACUCUUCGGACAUUCCUAAGGCCCCUGUACCUCUUGCUGGUGCUGUUUCCUCACCCGCUUCGGGUACCGGGGCUUCCACUGACUCCUUCGAUUUGUCUGACCUCCUCUCUCCUUUGACUAUGCUUCCGGCUUCUCCCUCUACCGUGCGGUGAUUUUCGAAUCGCCGACCCAUCCCAUGUCGGACCGAUUCUAGUCCCACUUCUAAACGUCAACGACAAUCUCCUAAUGAUGUUACUUCGUUACCUUCCCUUUCUACUCGGAAAAGACUGACACGUCAUGCACUCCCUCUCCACACUCAGUUUCAGACCACACAAUGGACUAAAUUCUUUACAUUAAGACCGACUUCUUCUACUUCUUCUUCUUUCACAUGUCAAUACUAUUCCUAUCACUCGAAAAACAUCAUUCCCUCAAUUCUUGUAGUGGUACUGUUAUUCUGCCCCAUACCAUAGUUCAACAGAAUUUCCAGACAUGUGGCACUGACAUUCUCGAACAGCUGGAACUCCAAGGUCUCCCAAUUCUCAAGGUAGACACUUAUGUUCUUCCUGCCCAUGGGCGAAGAUGUUACCCUUGCAAUGUGGCUCGUUUAACUUUUGACAGCCGUGAACUCCCAUCCUCUGUUUAUGUAGCAGGACAUCGGUUACAAGUUCGGAAGGUGAUCCCUACACUGCAACAGUGUAGGAAUUGCUGGCGAUUUGGCCACCCAGCAAAAUAUUGCAGAUCUAUAGCCGAAUGCCCAGUCUGUGGUGCUGAUGACCAUUCUAAUACAUCUUGCAGUCAAACUCCCUCUUGCCUUAAUUGUCAUGAGGCUCACCCUUCGUACUCUCGCCGUUGCCAAGUCUACUUAAAUGAGCGGGAAAUUCGUUGCCUCAAAGAGGCAGAUGGUCUCCCUUAUGCUAUGGCGGUUUCUCAUCUCCGCCUCCAAGGGAGACUGCCCCGUGUUUCUUAUUCUCGUGUUUCAAAGCGUCCCCCCACUUCUGGGGGUCACAUCUUCUGCAGCCUCCUCUGCGGUUGCCAGUCCCAUAGUCACUCCUGUAUCUAAUUCUUUUGCUGUCCUGGGCUCAGACGUCCCUACUUCAACUCCUCAGUCUGUCCUCACUUCUUCGUGUCCUCCCUCACAAACCCAGGUAUUGACAAGACCUCGUACGACACCUCCCAAUCGUCCCUCUACUUCUCAGAGGCCCAAAAAAUCUCCUUUAACCCCUCCUUCCCUUCAUCCACCUCCACAUUUUACCUCCCUGGUCUCUUUACCUGAGUCUUCCCCUUUCACUGGCUCUGUUACAAGUGUGGAGGUUCAUCCUCCUCCUCUUACUGUGCCUUCCUCCCCUGUCCCCUCCCAAGUUUCUUCCUCUUCUGCCACCUCCCAGGUUUCUGCCUCUUCUGUCCCCUCCCACACUUCUCCAGUUCCCUCCACCCUUUCGCCCCCCCUACCUUGGUACAAUCCAUUACAGCUCUGAUCUUUACUCGAACUCCUCCUUCCAUCUCCAAUAUUGUCUCCCAUACGACGUCCCUGAACUCCGAAACACUUGAAGCAAUCUCUGAAUAUAUUGCAGAGACCAAACCAUCAAUGGACACUAAUCCACCCUCUGUUCCUUGUCUUUCCUCUUCUCCAUCUGCGCAACUCCUUUCUUCACAAUGCACCAUUCCUUCGCUACUUGAACGUUUUCCUUUGCCACCACAUGUGGACUUUUCUAACCCCUCUAGUCCGUAGGUACCCUUACCUGCGGAUUUCAGGUAUCUUUAUCGUUGCCAAUCAUGGCCUAUUUACAGUGGAAUAUUCGCGGCCUCAGGGGUAAUUGGGGUGAGCUUCAGAUGUUGCUCUCCCAGUUUUCCCCUGUUGGUGUUUGCUUACAGGAACCAAAAUUACACUCUGCCAUUAUCUAUCCUAUCUCAGGCUAUAAUUUAUUGUAUUCUUCAGAUCCUUUUCCUGAUGGGACCUUUAAUGCAAGUGCCCUUCUUCUACGCACUGAUAUUCCGUACCAUCAGCUAUUUGUUUGUACUUCGCUGCAUUACACAGCAGCCCAUAUCCACUUGCAUAGGUGGUAUACACACUGUUCUUUGUAUCUCUCUCCUUCUCGGGCAUUAUCUAUCGCAGAUAUUGCCUUUCUUGUUUCGUCAUUACUGCCACCACUUCUGUUACUUGGCGAUUUUAAUGCCCAUCAUUUCCUCUGGGGGGGUCUCACUGUGAUUCCCGUGGCAUUCAGUUAGAGGCUUUUCUUACUACCCACCCCACCCAUUUUGAUCCUCGGACUCAUCUCUCUCUUGCAUCGAUCUCUCAGUCUGCUCUUCCUCCGCCACAUUAGACUUCACCUGGUCUGUUCUCCCGGAUUUACGUGACAGCGAUCAUUUCCCAAUCAUUCUUACUUCCCCUUCAUAUUCACCACCUCUUCGUAACCCACGCUGGCAAUUUGAUCAGGCAAAUUGGAACCUUUACUCACAACUAACUGUUUUUAGUGAGGUUCCUUCUUCGUCCUCCAUUGAUGAGCUUUUACACCUCUUCUCGUCCUCCGUUUUAACCGCAGCUUCUCAUUCUAUACCCCAAACUUCGGGCAGGCAUUCUCAGAAAUGCGUGCCUUGGUGGUCUCCUGCUUGUGCUCGUGCAGUAUGUUUGAAACAUGCUGCAUGGGGCAGGUACCGGUACAAUAGAACCACGGAGAGUUCUUGAUUUUAAGCAGAAGCGUGCAAUCGCUCGCCGUGUCAUCCGUGACGCUAAACGCACUUGCUGGCGAGAUUAUGUCUCCACCAUCACCUCUGCUUCCUCUAUGAGUGCAGUCUGGAAAAAAGUACGAAAACUGAGUGGUAAAUAUUCUCCUGACCCGGCUCCUGUUCUGUGGGUUGCCGGUGUUGAUAUAGCAAACCCACUAGAUGUUGCCAAUGAAAUUGGCAAUCAUCUGGUCCAUAUUUCUCAGGGGCUCCAUCUAUGCCCCUCGUUUCUUUCCUCAAAGUCUGCCAGAGAGUUAGCACCCUUGGACUCUUCUUCUCUCAGAGAAGAGCAGUAUAAUGUGCCUCUUACACUCCAGGAACUGGAGGCAAGACUCUCAGCUUGCCAAUCAUCGGCAGCUGGGCCUGACGACAUUCAUAUUUGUAUGCUACAACAUUUACAUCAGUCAGCCCUUGCAGUCCUAUUACGCCUUUUCAAUCUUAUUUGGUCACAGGGAGUUCUUUCACAGCUGUGGAAAUCUGCCAUUGUUCUCCGUUUCCUCAAACCGGGUACUAUGGGACAUGAAGCCUCCCACUAUCGUCCCAUUGCUCUUACCAGUGCAGUUUGCAAAGUGAUGGAACGCCUGGUAAAUAGACGUUUAGUGUGGUAUUUAGAGACACACAACAGUCUCUCCACUCGUCAAUAUGGCUUUCGUAAGGGCCGUUCUACCAUAGACCCCUUACUAUGCUUGGAUACGUAUGUUCGUAAUGCCUUUGUGAAUAACCACUCGUUAUUGCCAUAUUUUUCAACCUUGAGAAGGCAUAUGACACAACUUGGAGGUAUAAUAUUUUGGCCCAAGCCCACUCCUUAGGCCUUCGAGGCAAUCUACCAUCCUUCCUUAAGAACUUUUUAACCGACAGACAUUUCCAUGUUCGGGUUAAUAAUGUGCUCUCCCCGGACUUUAUCCAAGCUGAAGGUGUCCCCCAGGGAUGUGUUCUGAGCACAACACUUUUUCUCCUUGCUAUAAAUUAUUUGGCCUCUAGUCUUCCAUCCAAUAUUUGGUCAUCACUCUAUGUUGAUGACUUCGCUAUUGCAUGUGCAGGCGCUGACUGUCACCUCAUUACAGUUUCUCUCCAACAUGCGGUCGACCGUGUUUCCAAUUGGGCCACCACACAUGGGUUUAAAUUUUCUCAGUACCAAAACUCACCAAAUUACUUUCACUAGACGCUCUGUCAUCUCCGAUCAUCCCUUGUACCUUUAUGGCUCCCGUAUCCCUGAACGUGAUAGAGUCAGGUUUCUAGGCCUCCUCUUUGACCGUAGGUUAUCCUGGAAACCUCACAUUACCUCUCUGAAGGCAACUUGUCACAGCCGGCUGAACCUUCUUAAAACCCUUUCUCAUCUUUCAUGGGGAGCUGAUUGUCGAACUCUCCUUCGCCUACAUUCCGCCCUCAUUUUAUCGAAACUUGAUUAUGGUGACCAGAUCUAUUCAGCGGCCUCUGCUGCUACUCUCUCUAGCCUUAACCCCAUUCAUCACCAAGGAUUACGUUUAUGCCUUGGUACUUUUCGCUCUUCCCCUGUUGAGAGCCUCUAUGCAGAAGCGAACGUUCCAUCCUUAUCCGAUCGCCGUGAUGCCCAUUGCCUUCGCUACUAUGUACGCUCUCAUGAUCUCCGCAAUCCUUCCAUUUAUAGAAUGGUCACCAAUAUUAGUAGACAUUCUUUAUUUGUUCGCCGCCCCUGCUUGCUCCAUCCCUUCUCCCUUCGCCUACAUUCGCUCUUGUCUUCUCUUCAAUUACCACCUCUCUAUGUUCAUGUAGCAUCUCACUUUUCCCUACCCCCGUUCUUUCUCGCUCCCUUGGUCGAAAGCCCAACUGUCUACGGUAGCUUCCCGCUCUCUUUUUCUUGACCACUUCCACUCUCAUUCUUAUGCCAUUGCAGUGUACACAGAUGGCUCCAAGUCUUCUGACAGUGUAGGAUUCGCAGCAUUGUUUCCGGACAGCGUCGUACGAGGGCAUUUACUAUCUUCGGCUAGUAUCUUUACUGCUGAAUUGUAUGCCAUUCUUGCAGCACUUAUCCGUAUUGCAUCUAUGCCUAUGUCAUCAUUUGUGGUUGUCUCAGACUCCCUUAGUGCUUUACAGGCUAUACAGAAAUUUGAUACACCUCACCCCUUAGUCCUCCGUAUCCAACUUUGGCUACGCCGCAUCUCUUCCAAGCAUAAAGAUAUUGUUUUUUGUUGGGUCCCUGGUCAUGUUGACGUACAGGGCAAUGAACAGGCAGACACUGCUGUGCGGUCAGCAGUACAUGACCUACCAGUUUCAUAUAGAGGUGUUCCAUUUACGGACUAUUUUGCUGCAAUAGCUACCCACCUUCACACCUGUUGGCAACAACGUUGGUCUACUCUGCUCGGUAACAAACUUCAAUCUAUUAAACCGAAUAUAGAUUACUGGCCGUCUUCUUGUCACCAGUGUCGAGGUUGGGACACUACUCUCUCCCGUCUUCGCAUUGGCCAUACUCGUCUUACUCAUGGUUAUCUCAUGGAGAGGCGCCCUGCUCCUCUCUGUGAGAAUUGUCAGGUUCCAUUAUCGGUUAGCCACAUUCUGUUAGACUGCCCACUUUAUCAACGAGCACGCCUAAUAUACCUCCAACGUCGUCUUCGCUCCGCUGCUCUCUCUUUACCUUCCCUUCUCACUGAUGGACCCACCUUUCAUCCGGACUCUCUCAUUGACUUUUUGACAACAACUGACUUACUUCACAAACUCUGAUGAUACCUUCAGCCCUUUCUACCUCAAUCUCUUGCUGCCCUCUACCCCCGCACUAUCCCCUGCCCCACUGUUUUCUGUAACCUACUGAUCAUCCCUCCCCCCUUCUACCGCCCAAUACCCUCGCUUCCUUCCCUACCCUGCAGUGCUGUAUAGCCCUUGUGGCUUAGCGCUUCUUUUUGAUUAUAAUAAUAAUAAUAUUGAUUGAGCACAAAAAACCACCCAUUCAACUAUUAAAAUUAUCCUAUAAAGUGCACAGAGUUCAGUAAUAAGGCCAGUUUUGAAACAAGAGUCCAAAAUAACUUGCUGUAGACAUUUCAGGCACUACAACAACAUUUCCUCUUCAUUAAGCACACACCCACCCCACUUAUUUGGUCUACACCUUGACUGCAACUUAAAAUUUAAUACCCACAUCUAACACAUUACCAAGGUCUCCAAAACAGUAGGCAUCCUCUCCAAGAUACAUUACUGUGUUCCUCAAACAGCACUGUUUACAUUGUACUUUUCUGAAAUCUAUCCAUACCUUACCUGAGGUAUUUCUGUCUGGGGAUCUACUACGUCAGACCACCUAAAACCAUUAACAAUUCAACAAAAAGCUGCUGUGCAAAGGAUUAUCCAUUCCAGUGUCAGACAACACCCCCACUUUUCAAAAACGUGAACUGACUUAAUAUACACAAUAUGCACUCAUACUACUGUGCCUACUAUGUAUGUAGGAUGCUUAAUUCCAAUAUAAACCCUUCUUUGAUACUUUCCCUUGAUAGCUGCAACAGAACAUACAAGCAUAACACAAGACACAAAAAUCUCUUAUUGACAUCCACUGCAUUCAUCUCAACCUGUGUAAAAACUCAGUGCAUGUAAAAGGCCCUAAAAUCUGGAACUCCCUACCUGAAGCAUUAAAAGGUCCCCUCUAUCUGCCAUUUGAUUCAGAGGUAUUGUUAAAAAGUACCUCAUCUCCUUAAUGUAAUUGAGACAGUAAUACACUGCCAAACAAAACUAGCUUUCUUGACUCAUGAAAUCGUAAUGACACGAUUGCAAACAAACCAUACUACGGGUGGGGUUUGAACCCGCGGUCAGAGAGUCUCAAAACUCCAGACCGUCGCAUUAGCCACUGGGCCAGCUAGCUUCAGUAAGAUUCAUCCAACUAGGUAUAUUUCUACACCAUAGGAAGGUUAGCAUAGGCACCACUGUGUCCACAAAUGCAAGUUUUUACAGACGAAUCUCCCGCUAGCAUGGCUGUGAUGAACUCUAGCUCAAGUCACCUCAAAGUCGUCAACAUGACUCAUGAAAUCGUAAUGACAUGAUUGCAAAUAUACCUAGUUGGAUGAAUCUUAUUGAAGCUAGCUUGCCCAGUGGCUAACAAGAUGGUCUAAACUCUAGAGUUUUGAGAGUCUCUAACCGCGGGUUCAAACCCUACCUGUGGUAUGGUUUAAAACUAGCUUUCAUCUAUUUCUGUCCCUAUUCUUCCAGCCUUCCUUCAUCUCCCAUACAUAAUUGGUAACAUAUCUUGUCCUGUGUUAUUUGUAUUGUAAUCUUAGUAACUUGCUGUAUAAUCACCAUCUCUGUGUAAUCCCUUCACAAAACCAAAGAUCAUUGUAUUAGUUUAAAUAAUAUGUAAUUCUUUUGUAAUUGACCAUUUGUCAUUAGCUACCUUUCUUAUUGUACUUGUGAUUCUAGUUAACUGCAUAAGAAUCCCUUCUUAUUAUUCUUAUGUCUAGUUCUUGAACCUUAUGAUUAAUUGCCCAAAAUGCGUUGCAUAAUUAGUGGCUUUCUUUUGUGCCUACCAUGGUAUUAAUUCAUGUAAACUACAUUAUUUGUAUGGCAUAAAGAAAUAAACUAUUAUUAUUAU